AUGGCUGUCUUGAAGUCAAUCGCCGUGGCUGCUGCAUGCGCUGCAGCAGUAGAUGCCGCAGCUAUCCAGCCUCGUCAGUACAAGACGCUUGUCGAUUCGCAAUCUCUGCGUAACGCUCUUCACAUCGACAACUUGUACGCAAGAGCAGAGAAGCUCCAAGAGAUUGCAUACAGUACCCCCGGCAAGAAUCGCGUCAUUGGCAGCCAGGGCCACGAAGACACGGUCGAAUACAUCAAAGGGGAACUUGAAGCGUUCUCAGACUAUUACGACGUAUAUACCCAAGAUGUGCCACUCUCCAUUGGGUAUAAUGCCACCCUCAGCGCCAACAACAAGACUAUCGAGGCUUUCGCUGUGACGCUUGCUCCAGGUGGUAAUGUGACCGGCCCGCUUGUUGCUAUCCCUAGUCUUGGAUGUAAUGAGGAGGACUUCCCUGAAACCCUCGAGGGCUCCCUCGCUUUGAUCCAGCGUGGUAACUGCUCAUAUGGUGAGAAGGUGCAACUCGCAGCUGCUAAAGGUGCUCUCGGCGUCGUGGCAUGGAAUAACGCUGAGGGUACUCUUGAAGGAUAUUCAUUGCAAGUCUUGUACCCUGAGGGCGAUUUCGUCCCUGUUGCUGGCAUCACCCUUGGCCAAGGAGAGUCCCUUCUCGCCCAACUUGAAGCUGGUGUGGACAUCACCGUGGAUAUGUGGACAAACGCUACCGUCUACAACACUCGCAACCUUAUUGCUGAGACUAAGGCUGGUGACCACGACAAUGUCAUCCAUGUUAGCGGUCACUCCGACUCAGUUACAGCCGGUCCAGGUAUCAACGACAACGGUUCAGGUUCUAUGUCUAUUCUGGAGAUUGCUCUCCAACUUACCAACUAUACUGUUAACAACGCCGUGCGAUUCAGUUGGUGGACUGCGGAAGAGGCUGGUCUGCUAGGCGCCGAAUACUACGUGCAUGAGCUGCCUCAAGACGAGAGGGACAAGAUUCGUCUCAUGCUUGAUUUUGAUAUGAUGGCAUCUCCCAACUUUGCCUAUCAGAUCUACGAUGGCGAUGGUUCCGCUUACAACCUCAGCGGUCCUACUGGAUCCGCCGAGGCUGAGCACGAGUUUGCUGCGUACUUUGACAGCAUCGGUCUCAACCACACUGAGAUAGAAUUCGAUGGUCGUUCGGAUUAUGGUCCCUUCCUUGAAGCUGGCAUCGCAGCUGGUGGAAUCGCAGGCGGAGCUGAAGGCAUCAAGACUGAAGAAGAAGCCGAAAUGUUUGGUGGCGGUGCUGGCGUACCUUACGAUGUGAACUACCACGAGGACGGUGAUACAGUCAACAACCUGAACCUGGAUGCUUGGAUUGAGUUCACCAAGGCUAUUGCGCACAUGACGGCUACGUACGCUGUUUCGUGGGAUAGUAUCCCUCCAAGAAACGCGACGGCUGCGCAAAAGAGGUCUGAACGUUACACACAGUGGAAGCAGGAGUUCCGCCAGACAAAGAGGUAUCAAAGAUGGGUGUAG